AUCCAGCUCCGGAUGUAAUCCAGUAUAGUACGGGAUUCCAGCUCCGGGUUUUCUGGGUGCCUUUAUUGGCCUCAUCGCCUAUCGCAGAGCGCAGGAUGAAGUAGUGGGAACAGAAACAUUAUGGCUGCCAGUCUUUCCUUGACUCAGCUUUCGAGUGGGAAUCCUGUGUACGACAAGUACUAUCGACAAGUCGAUCCAUCUGGCAGUGGGCGAGUAGCAGCCACUGACGCGGCCUUGUUCUUGAAAAGGUCUGGUCUUUCAGACCUGGUCCUUGGCAAGAUAUGGGACUUGGCAGAUUCGGAACGCAAAGGCUUUCUGAACAAACAGCAAUUUUUUGUUGCACUGCGAUUAGUGGCUUGUGCUCAGAAUGGCCUUGAGGUUGCCCACAAAAGCCUCAGCGUGGCUGUGCCUCCACCAAAGUUUCACGACACAACCAGUCCCCUCCUCCCGGCAGGCGUGCCUAUUGACGGUCCAUGGAUGGUCAAGCCAGAGGAGAAGCUGAAAUUCGAUGCCAUCUUCGACAGUCUCACACCGGUGGGUGGCAUGCUCACAGGCGACAAGGUCAAACCAGUGCUGCUGAACUCCAAGCUCCCUGUAGAUGUGCUGGGCAGGGUUUGGGAACUUAGUGAUAUAGACAGAGAUGGAAUGCUGGAUAAAGAUGAGUUUGCAGUGGCUAUGUAUUUGGUGUACAGAGCUCUUGAGAAUGAGCCUGUGCCCAUGAUUCUGCCCCCUGCACUGGUUCCACCAUCGAAACGGAAAAAAGUGAAUUCACCUCCUGUCAUGCCACUCCUCCCUUCACCGCCAUCACUCAAAGAAAGGAGUUCCACUCACUCUGGGUCUCAAACAUUGCCAGCUAAACCCACACCUCCACAGUGGGUUGUGUCUCCUGGCGAUAAGGCUAAGUAUGAUGAGUUGUUUACUAAGACCGACAGUGAUAUGGACGGGUUGGUGUCUGGGCCGGAGGUGAGGGACAUCUUUCUAAAGACAGGACUGCCCUCUGCCACACUUGCUCGCAUAUGGGAGCUAUGUGACAUUGGAGACAUUGGGAAACUGACCAGAGAACAGUUUGCAUUGGCUCUCUAUUUAAUCAAUCAGAAGCUCUCUAAAGGCAUUGACCCACCCCAAACGCUCUCUCCGGAGAUGAUCCCUCCAUCUGAUAGGCUAUCGCGGCAGAAUAAUGCCUUGUCAUGUCAGGCUGCAGACUUCUCUGCCAUUAAAGAGUUGGACUCCCUCAGUAAUGAGAUUAUGGACCUGCAGAGGGAGAAAAGCUCUGUGGAACAGGAGAUCAAGGAGAAGGAAGAGAGCAUUAGACAGAGGACCAAUGAGGUGCAGGACCUGCAGGAUGAAGUGCAGAAAGAGAGCGAGGAGUUGCGGAAGCUACAGGCAGAGCGACAGGAGGUGCAGGAAGCGCUGGAGAGACUGGAUGAGCAACAGUUGUCCCUAGAGGCGCAGCUCAAGCUCAUACGCCAGCAGUGCAGUCAGGAGAACCAGCUGAUCCAGUCUCUUCAGGCAGAGCACUCUGAGCAGGAGCAGAGGAUAGGAGACUAUGAGGAUGAGUUGGUGAGGGCGAGAGAGGAACUGCUUUGUCUCCAGGAACAGACCCGCACUCUGGGGGAGAAGGUGCGCUCAGCCCGUGCUCAGCUCUGCCCUCUACAGGACGCUGUUACAGAGUCUCACACACAGAUUGCACAGAUGCAGGAACGACUGGCUGAUCUAAAGACAGAAGAGCGAGAGGUUGCAGCCCAGCUUACGUGGAAGGUCUUAGUAGAGGAGCCUCCGAUUGUCAAUGGAGCACCGCCCCCUGCUGAACAGCCCAAGCUGCUACAGUGGCCACAGCCUACAGAACAGCCAGCAAAGAAACAGGAAGAUGAGGAUGAAGAGGAGGAGGAGGAAGAGCUGACUCCCACAGAUGAGCCGCAGGAACUGAAAGUGACUGAAGAGCAGCUUGAGGAAGAAUCAUCAGAACUGUUUAUCAGUCCUAAGGAGCUUAAAAUUGAUCCUGUGGAAGACCCCUUCACCAGCGUGAUGUCCACAGCCAGCAGUCUUAGUGCAGCUUGGCCUCAGAACGAUACGGAACGUUCUUCUCCUGCUGUAGAAUGGGAGCUAAAGGGAGUGGAAAUGAAACAGCAGGCCAGCACCAGCAUCACAAAGGUGGAGUCUCCAGUUCCAGAGCAGAAGGAGGAGUCCUCCCAACCCAUAAGUGCUCAAAGUGAGAGCUCAGCAUCCAUCCCUGCAGUCGACUUCUUUCCAUCUGAUCCCUUCACUGACGGUGACCCUUUCAAAAGUGAUGACCCCUUCGCAAAAGACAUUGCAGAUCCAUUUGGCGGUGACCCUUUCAAAGGCACAGACCCAUUUGCCACUGACUCCUUCUUCAAACAGUCCUCCUCAACCACAUUCUCCUCAGAAGAUCCAUUUGCUUCUUCUGACCUGUUCAGUUCAAACACAGGCUCUGCAGAACCAGACCUGUUCUCCUCCCACCUUAACAACACGGCUGCAUCUGAUCCAUUCUCUAAAUCAAAUGCAGUGGCAGCAGAUCCGUUUAGUUCUAGCAGUGGCAGCACAGCAUUCACUUCCAAAAUGGAUGACCUUGAUGACUCUGAUCCAUUCAGCUCAGCAGCUGGGGCAGGGAAUGACCCGUUUGUUGGGUCAGAGCUGUCGUCAAAGGAAACACCAGCAGUUGCUAAUGACCCAUUUGCUCCUGGAGGAACAGUGGUGAAGGCUGACUCAGACCCUGAUCCCUUUGCCACAGUAUUUGGUACUGGUACUGAGUCCUUUGUAGGAGGUUUUGCAGACUUCAGAAAUUUGGAAAAGUCUAAUGGCGCUGACCACUUUGCUUCAUCAAGCGCACCUAGUAAGAAUCUAUUUAAGGAAGAAAACCAGUCAGAUGUGCCUCCAGCAUUACCACCCAAAACUGGCACGCCUACCAGACCACCUCCUCCUCCACCAGGUAAGCGGUCGAACAUCCACCGAUCAGAAUCGUCAGACUCAGUUCAGAGGCGUGGAAUGGGGGAGUUUUCCUCCCUCCCUGCUAAAGACACUGUGCCAGACCCUUUUGCUCCCUCUGCCCCCUCCCAAGUCCCGCGCGAGCCUGACCGAUUUGCCACCUUUGACAAAUACCCCACAGAAGAGGACAUGAUCGAAUGGGCAAAGAGGGAGAGUGAGCGAGAGGAGAGGGAGCGUGUGGCCCGACUCACCCAGCAGGAGCAGGAGGAUCUGGAACUAGCCAUCGCUCUCAGCAAAUCAGAACUCUCCUGACCUGAACCGCCCUCGAACCACACUGCCGAGGAAGAAGAGGAAAGGAUGAAGAGCUAAACUUACGGGUGCUGGGAUUUCACAAUCCCACUAGUUUUAGUGCAGUCUAAAUCUCCCCUCCCCCUCCCAGUUCCUCAUCCACUACCUGUCAGUACGUCAUCUCUCUCCAUGUUGCCAGUGACUCUUCUGAAAACAGUGUGGGUUUGGGGGAGAAUUGGUGAAAAGGUGAAGGACUAAACACAACCCGUGGUGUGUUACUUUCAGCUAUGUUUUUUUGUGUUUAAAAAUCAGUCAACUUUAUAUAUUUCUAACUCAGUCAAACAAUUGGCACUAUGAAGUGUCACUGGCACAUUAACACACUUUCCCCACUUGCUACACUUCUUGUCAUUGCUAUGGAUUACAUAAAUUGGUUUAAAUGCAAAUAUGCAAAAAAAAAAAAAAAAAAACUUUGACAGGUUUGACGUUAAUCAGAAAAACCUAGCCCUUUUAACCUAGUGUGUUUAUUUUGCAUGAUGUGAUAAUGAUAAAACUGAGCAUUGUGAGGUUAUAGUCAGGAAUGAAGGUGUAAGAAAAUAUUGUCAGUGAAAGUGCCCUGGAUAUAAAUACAAAAUUAGUGGUUAAGUUUAGAAUAAGUGGUUAAUAAGUUUAUAGUAAGUGACAUGAAAUUAGAUAUCUUUCAUGACAUAAGAAAAUACAAUUAUAACGUGAUAGAAAGAGUUGCUCCAUGAUCAAUACUCAUUAUUUUGGUAUGUGGUGUGCCCAGAACUUGUUUUUCUAUUGGAUGGCUGUUUAUAAAUUGGUUUAGUGUAGGCAGGUUGGAACCCAACACAUUUUGAGCAGGGAAAUCACUAAAGACACCUGCAGAUGUGUCUGUACUGGACUCUGGCCCUCCUGGACUGGAGUUGGAACCCCUGCUUUAGCGUAUGGAAGUAGUGUUGAAGCCAGGGCACUUCACUGAUUUUAUGGGAUUCCGUUUAGACUCAAACACCUGAUUGAAUUUUUAAGGCACUCUAACUCAAAGUAGUUCUUGUGCCAGAAGUUUGCCUCAGAUAUGACAUUCAAAACCCAAUUGGAAUGUCUGCAGAAUUGAAAUAACCAGCUUUAGAGGGAUUGUUUGUUUCUAAAUUUUUCAAUAGUCCUUUAGUUCUCCAUGCAUAUGAGAAUUUGUAAAACUACAGUAUAUAAAUAUCCGUUUAUAAGUAUGUAUGAAAAUGUAAUUGUACUAUACAUAUACACUAUGUGUGCAUUCUCUAAUCAUUUCUCUAAUCAUAUCCUUCACACAUAAUAUUGCAAAAUGCAAAAGAAGACACUAUUGUCAGAGGCAGUAGGACAUGAAACAAUAUUAAAAAUAUAUAUAUAAUAAUAUAAACAGUAAGUAAUUGGUUUCCAGUGCCUAAAACCAAGGAAAACCUACUUUUGGGAAAUGCCUCUUACAUUUCUAUUAACUUAUCUAUUUCUCUAAACCUUAAUAAACUUAAGUUGCUGAAGGCUAAUAGAAGGAAUGACUGUGCAAUAUGUCUAAGAAUGUCAAAUUAAGGGGAGUUUUUCUUCUGAUGUCAGAGUGGCAAUGAAUAGACCUUUAACCACUAAACAUUUCAAAAGAUUAUAGAUUAAUAUUCACCCUAUACAAUUUAAGUGUCGUGGUCAUUGAUUUUCAAUUUUUUGUUUCUCUUUAAUUGGAUAUUACGGAAUUACGAAUGUCUUGUGCCAUUUCAGCUGGUUACAAACAAGUGAACUUCUGUAGCACUGGAGUUGUUAAACCAUCCUCUGUGCCUGUCCUUUGGGUUUAAACUCAAGGCCAUUGUCUACAUUCUAAAGUCUUAAGUGACCACAAGAACAAUAUCUUACCCUUUUGGACAAUAGAUGCACUUUGUCACGCAGACUUUACAUAUGAAAGCAUUGCUCACGCUGACUUGUAUCAGAUGACUUUUCAAAUGUCAUUGGAUCAAGAAUGCCCUUUUGCUUCAGAUAUUUCCAUUAUUCUUAAAGAUCUGUCAGUCUUUAAAAAAGAAAAAGGUAGACAUUUAAAAAAAAGUGCAAGUUAACCUGACAGUUUUCUGACCAAUACAACAUUUGCCUCACAGUUGAUAAACGUUUUUAUGAGCAUUAUGAACACAGCAUUAUACCCUUUAAACCAGAUUGAAGUAUUGCUUUAGACAUAUUGCUUUAGCACUCUGUUUUAAGGAAAGAUUUGGGUUUCUGAUUGUAACUGCUUCUCUGAGUCCUGUUAAAAUGAUCUGUGCUUUUGCUCAUCAUGUAUGUAUGUAUAGGCCUUUAACUCUCCUGACGCGAAACCACUUGUGUAUUGGCGUUCUACAGACUUUUUAAAACUGGCUUAAUGUAUUUUAUUUUUUUAACUUUACAGAAUGUGUCCCUUUUAACAAGGACAGAGGUUAAAUAUGUUAAGUAACAUGUAAUUAACGCUAAAGAAUAAAUAUGAACGUUUCAAACA